AAUGUGAGAUGGAAUGCGCCGGGGGAAGAGCACAAACUUUUUGGGCCCCAAAUGUUUUUCCUUCCCAGGACCCAGGCAAGAUGGAAGAAAGCAGUCAGGAAGAGCCAAAUGUUCCGAGUUCCUGUGGACAGACUCUCAUGGGCCAGGAAGCCCCAGAGCCCUCUGACCUGGCUUCCCAGGGCUUGUCAGCAUCCCAAGAUCCCUCCAAGGGGCUUGGCGCUGGCCUGAGCCCUGAGAGCGCAGAGUCCCAGACACUGCUGACCCACUCUUCUCAGGGUCACCCGGAGAAGACGCCACAGGGUCAGCAUGGGCAGUGGCCUCGGGGUUAUAACGGAGAGUCGAUUCGGGGACCAGACAAAGGGGCUCCUCAGAGUCAAAGAGAAAGGAAGCAGGAUCAGCAGGGCCAGGAAUUCAAAACCCCUCAGUUUGGGGAAGGCAGUAAGGCAGAAGUCUGCGGGGACGCUCAGGGAGAAGCGACAGCGUGGCGCCAGGAAGAGGGCGCCUCUCAGGGCCAUUCCAGGGACUUCUGCAGGUCCCCAGGAAAACCGAUCCUCCAGCGUGUGGAAUCGGGGAUACCAGGACCCCUAGGUGGUAGCACCCAGCUGACACAGGCAGUGGCCAUCCAGGAAGGGGCGUGGGCCCCUCCCCCUGCCGCGAUGCCUCCCGCCCCGCCGGUGCUCCGAGGCCCAGGAGGUGGGAUACCGGCCUCUAGGGCGCAGGAGCCCCAGCCGAGGCUGCCUGGUGCACUCUGGGAGCAGAGAGGCCCUAGGGAUCCCACAUCCUCGAAGGCCGCGUGGCCGGAGCCCGGGAGCAGGGAGGAUGCGCUGGCCCGCGAGGAGCAGGAGGCUCUGCAGCGGCUCCUGGAGCUGCACCGCGCGGCCAAGGAGAGGCGGCGGCGGGACCGCGAGCAGCAGCGGCUGCGGGUCCUGGAACGACUCCGCAUCCUCGGGAACCACCAUCGUCGGGUUCACCCGCUGGGGUUCCCUCCCAGGGUGGCUCAGAUGGCACCACAGGCAAGAACCUGGGGAAAGGCCACUCGGCCACCACGUCUCUGCCCCUGGAGGGGAGGGCAGGAGUCCGCGGCUUCCAAAGGUGCUCAGCGGGAGAGGGGAGGGAGCCGGGCUGCACCCUGCUGGCGGUACCGCGGGCUCAGAGCUUUUGCCACCUAGGAGGAUGCGACAGGUUGGAGACACAUCUUGCGGGAGCGGCUGGCACAAGCGCACCGAGGCAGGACUCAGUGGCUGCGGGCACUCGGGGCCAGGUGAGGGGCGGGCAGGGAAAGGCAGGUGCUCCUUUGCCCUAACGUCUGACUGACAAGCCACUGUCUUCCCAGGAACACCCAGAACUUCCAGGAGCUACUGUCCCCUGGCACCGAGGAACCUAGUCCCGGAGAAUAGUGCGCACACCACCCGGCCUGCUCCUGCCCUUGCUGGGUCCCCAUGGAGACAUGGAGAUGAUGGUUAAGGAAAAGGUUAAAAGGGUGACCUCAGAUGUGAGGUAGUUUCAGAAAGGUCCAGAGGAAGCAUCCAGGCCAGGGGGAACAAAAACACACAGCAAGGCAGCUGCACCAGGAACCCUAUUAUUUCCUCUUUCUGCACCUAAGUCACUGCCUGGCCCAAGGUCAGAGGGCCAGGUCUCGGGGGUCCAGCAGUGCAAAGGCCCCAUUCUUCCGGAAGAAUGACUCAAUGCGGCACAUCUUGCAAGAGACCAUUUCUUGCUUUGUGGCGGGGCCUGGGAAGAGAUGUCAGAUACUAGGAUUGGGUUUCCAGGGGAAGGGUCUCAGAACAGUCGCCCUGUCACACAGCCCCCGACUCUGCCCAUGUUGUAUCUACUCCGUGUGAAUAAAUGAAAAGGGCUUCUGGA